GAUUAAGCUUUCUCUACAUUGCGGUCUUUCAAAUCUAUACAUCUGAGAAAGGUGUUAGAUACUCGUGGUAAUGCAGAUACACUCACCUAUUCCUGACUGUGAUGGUGUCGAAUUGUUGGACAAUCGGGAGGGUUUGAUGAGCGGGCCUAUCAAUACACCCAUUAGUGAGUAUCUAAUAAGCAUAUCUCUUCUGUAGCUUUUCUGACCUUAAGACUAUAUAGGGACGCAAGGACUAAUACCACUUCUUGAGAUUGAAUUUCUCGAAUUUGCUUCCAACUACAUCGACUCAAUCAGUGAACUUCUACGCCCCAUCAACUUGAAGAUUCACGACAAUCCAGAACUCAACUACAAAGAGUUCAUUGCACACGAAACAUUGACCAAUUUCAUGAAAACACAAAAAGGGUGGAAAGUCACCCCGUCUGCAUAUGGAUUCGCGACAGCGUUCACUGCGGAAUACGAUAGCGGAAAGGAAGGUCCUGUUAUUAGUUACAAUGCCGAAUACGGUAUGAUUCGCUUAUAUCACUUUAUUGACUAUCUUCUGACCACAUCAAGAUGCUCUUACAGGGAUUGGAAAUGCCUGUGGGCACAAUUUGAUCGCGAUUUGCAGCGUUGCCGCCUCUCUAGCGGUUGCUAAAGCCAUUGACACAUUAUCUCUUCCAGGAAAAGUCAUACUGUUUGGCACACCGGCCGAAGAAGGUGGUGGUGGGAAAAUCAAGCUUCUGGAGGCCGGAGCAUAUUCCGAAAACAAAGUCGACAUCAGCUUAAUAUCUCACCCGGGGACCGUCCCUGCUUCGGUCCUCGUAGGGACCAAUGCGUAUGUGAAUUUUAAAGUGGAAUAUUUUGGCAAAGAAGCACACGCAGCGGCUUGUCCAUGGGAAGGAAUCAAUGCCCUCGACGCCUUGAUUGUGGCCUACAAUGCGUUGAGUGUACUCAGACAGCAAACCAAGCCUGGGGAUAUCAUCCAAGGUCACAUAACGAAUGGUGGGAGUGCUCCUAAUAUCAUCCAUGCCUAUGCAGCGGGAAUAUUCGUGGUGAGAGCAUUAAGUAAAGCAAGACUGGAGGUAUUGAAGCAGAAGGUUGACAAAUGCUUUGAAGCUGGCGCUGGAGCGACGGGGGCAACGCUAAAGAUGACAAUACUGAUGGGAUAUGAUGACCAUGUUCCCAACAAAGCUCUUGGGGCAGUUUGUAGAGCUGCUAUGAAUAAACUCGGGGAAGAAAUUCCCACAGCAGAAUUGGAUUUGAUUCGUGGGGCAACGCAAGCGAGUACAGAUCAGGGAAACCUCAGCUAUGCAAUGCCAAGCUUGAGUUUGGGAUUUCAGAUUGAAAGCGAAGAAGGACCACAUAACCCCGGGUUUGCAAAAGCUGCAAGGACGCAAAAAGCCCAUGACGCUGCGUUGAAGGCUGGAAAGGCACUGGCUGUGACAGGUCUGAUGGCCCUGGUUGACAAGAAGUUGUUGAGAGCAGCGAAACAGGAGUUCCGGGACAUUGAAGUAUUAUAAGAGUGUACGAAAGUACAAAGUAGGGUGGAAACCUUUCCCGUGUUAUAAAGUUCGUAUAAAUGAGUAAAUAUUGAUUCUUU